AUGGUAGAGAGUUUGAACGCAGGGCUUCCACGCCAGCUCUCCAUAAUCGUCUCUGAUCCCCAAAAGCAGCGAGGUGAACAGGGAAAGUCAUCAUUUUAUGUAACAUACCAGAUCUCGACCAAGACAGACGAUAAGUCAUACCACGAAGCACAUUUCAAGAAUCGGCCCCACGACGCUGCAGCAGCCAACGAAGCCAACAUAAUUGUGGUUCACAGAAGAUAUAGCGACUUCCUGCUACUACAGAGCAUCCUCAGCCAAGACCACGCCACAUGCGUCAUUCCUCCACUUCCAGAUAAGAAGGUAUUCCAGUAUAUCGCCGGUGAUCGGUUUAGCCAGAGCUUCACACAAAAGCGGUGUCAUAGCUUACAGAACUUUCUCCGGAGAAUCUCUCAACACCCUACGCUGUCCCAGUCUCAGGUGUUGAUGACCUUCCUUGUAAGCAGCGACUGGGAGGCAUAUCGUCGGAGCCUUUCCGGAUCCCUGGGCAACAAUAAAGAGGAAGUCAGUGAUACAUUUAUGAACGCUUUUAAGACGGUACACAACCAGAGCGAAGAGUUUGUUGAGAUCAAGGAAAAGAGUGACAAGCUCGAUCACAACGUCUCCAAAAUCGAUAAGAUCUUUCACCGUGUCGUUAAAAAACAGGAUUCUAUUUCAGAAGAUUACAGCAAAUUCAGUGCACACCUGCAGGAGCUACAGGAGCUUGUGGCGAGCAAUUCAUCAGAAGAUGACGAACUCAGGUCCAAAGUUAAGUUAUUCAACCACGGAAUAUCUCAACUAUCGUACGGAUUGAAAGACCUAAGCAAGUUCUUAGACUACGAGUACAUUGUCGACUUAAAGGACUUGGAGCAUUACAUCGACAGCGUUAACCAAACAGUACGGUUAAAGGACCAGAAGCAGAUUGACUAUGAGGAGCUAAGUGACUAUCUCACGAGGUCUAUAAAUGAAAAGAGCAACUUGAUCUCCGGCUACGGGGGAGGCAACUUUUUCACGAGCAAGCUCGAAGAGCUCGCGGGGAUCAACCAAGAGGCUGCACGACGUGAGAAGAUUUCAAAGUUAGAGACAAAAAUUACAUCUCUGACGACUGAAGUUGACAGCGCCAAAGAAGUCGCUGAUGCAUUCGAGCGAGAGGCGCUUAAAGAGGUGGGCAUAUUCGAAGAAAUAAAGACCAAAGAGCUGAAAGCUUCUCUGGCGUCACUCGCCGACAGCCAAAUCGAGUUUUACAAAAAAAUGCUAGAUACUUGGACGAAGGUAGAGGAGGGUCUAUAA